GGUGCAGGGCGCGCAGCAACGAUGACUAAAGUGGCUAUUAGGAUAUGAAUAUUUUAUAUUCAUGCUCUGAGAUCAUGAUCCCAGCUAGCCCGGGGAAGUGCUGGUCGGCUUGUUUAGCUGUCCAUAUGAUCUGACAGAGUUGCUGGAGAACGUUUGCUCGAUACUGCUGUCUGUUCAGUGUGCACUGAGUGCUAAUGCGCAGGCUCUUAAUCCCAGUAAGAAAGAUGGCAGCAACCACGAAAAAGUGAAUGUAUUGUAACACGAUGCCCUCUCGAGCUGAAGAUGAAAAGGAAGAAAGAAGGAGAGGAAUGGCAUGGAAAAAUCAGCUGCCAAGACCAUGAAGAGGAGAUUGAGGAUCCCUCUGAUGUGGAGAAGAAAAUUCGUGAAGGACAAAAUGGCAGGUGUGGGGGUGGGUAUCAGUGAUGACCUUAUCAGCCUAGAGAUUGGCUCCCCUGACCUCACACUCAUCGACCUGCCAGGCAUAGCUGUCAAGGGUCAACCUGAGAACAUUGGUGAACAGAUUAAGAGACUGAUACGGAAGUUCAUCACAAAGCAAGAAACAAUCAACUUGGUGGUUGUGCCAUGCAACGUUGACAUUGCAACCACAGAGGCUUUGAAGAUGGCACAAGAGGUGGACCCUGAAGGGGAAAGGACAUUAGGCAUCCUGACCAAGCCUGACCUGGUAGACAAAGGCACAGAGGAGAUGGUGGUGGACAUAGUUCAUAAUGAGGUUAUCCACCUGACUAAGGGCUACAUGAUAGUCAAGUGCAGGGGACAGAAAGAGAUCAUGGAGCGAGUCUCACUGACCGAGGCCACAGAGAGGGAGAAGGCUUUCUUCAAAGAGCACGCUCAUCUCAGCACACUUUAUGAUGAGGGCCAUGCCACCAUCCCUAAACUGGCAGAGAAAUUAACUAUUGAAUUGGUACAUCAUAUCGAGAAAUCCCUGCCUCGUCUAGAAGAGCAGAUUGAGGCAAAGCUGUCAGAGACACAUGCCGAGCUGGAAAGAUAUGGUACCGGGCCACCUGAGGACUCGGUAGAGAGGCUGUAUUUCCUAAUUGAUAAAGUGACUGCAUUCACCCAAGAUGCCAUCAACCUGAGCACUGGGGAAGAGAUGAAAAGCGAAGUUCGUCUCAACGUCUUUUCCACACUCAGACAAGAGUUUGGGAAAUGGAAGUUACACCUGGAUCGCUCUGGAGAAAACUUUAACCAGAGGAUUGAGGGAGAAGUGGCUGAUUAUGAGAAGACGUACCGUGGAAGGGAGCUGCCAGGGUUCAUCAACUACAAGACCUUUGAGGUGAUGGUGAAAGACCAGAUCAAACAACUGGAGGAACCAGCAGUCAAGAAACUGAAGGAGAUUUCAGGUAUAACAAAGAUUGAGGCCAUUAAGCAGGUGAAUGAGUCUACAGCUGAGUCCAUGUUGAGGACUCAGUUCAAGAUGGAGAUGAUAGUGUACACACAGGACACAACCUACAGCCACAGUCUGAGUGAGAGGAAGAGGGAGGAGGACGAAGACCGACCCUUAACUGAGAUAAGGAGUACGAUCUUUAGCACAGACAACCAUGCCACCCUACAGGAGAUGAUGCUGCACCUCAAGUCCUAUUACAGGAUUGCCAGUCAGCGUCUGGCUGAUCAGAUUCCCAUGGUGAUCCGCUACCUGGUGGUGCAGGAGUUUGCUUCCCAGCUGCAGAGGGAGAUGCUUCAGACUCUGCAGGAGAAGGACAACAUCGAGCAGCUGCUGAAGGAGGACUUUGACAUCGGCAGCAAGAGGGCUGCACUGCAGAACAAGCUCAAACGCCUGAUGAAGGCACGCAGCUACCUAGUGGAGUUCUAGUAUGGACAGCUGCUUGUUAACAUUUAGGAUGUUCUUGACUAAUGCCAGAUGGAUUGGUCAAUGGAAGUAGACCUACAGGUGUGUUGCAGUGGGGUUUGGCGUAGAUUCUGUGAUCUCAGUUCAUUGCAUAGUAAAUGUAAUAGAAGUUACUAUGCAAUCAAUCCUUUGUUAUCAUUUUUUGUUGAAUAUUAAACUCAAAUGUCUGAUGAACGCAAGCAGCUAGUCUACCAGGUGGAGUGGAACCUGCCUGAUCACAUUUGGGAACAGAGAAGGAAGUGCAAUCAUUUUAUUGAAAGGCAAUGUAUAACUUGUGGUUUAUAUUUCUUCUGACAUACAUUUUAUUGUUAUUGUGUCUCCUUUUUAUCAUGUCUGGAUGGUGGGCCUGUGGACCACUGCGCAUCAACUAAUGGCCUCACAAUUAGGGUUUAUCUAUGUUAAACCAAGUUGUAUAUUUAUUAUAAUGUCUUUAAAAACAUUUAAGCCAAAUAAAAAAUGUGUGAAGAAAAAAAAACACUAUUAUUGCACUCUUGAUGAGACCUCUCAAUCUGAAGUAGAAAUGUUAUGGUGAAACAGGUCCAUCUACUGGUCUAGCCUAGGAAUGACGCCAUGACUCACCCGUCGCACUAACUUUCAAUGAAGAAAUGAAAGUGAAACAUACCGUGUAAAAUACGAUUUCCAGGAAUAACAACGGCUGUUUUGUACCCAUUAAAG